GUUUCUCUCAAAACGACCACAUUCAGCCAUUCCACCCUAAUCCCACUUGGAUUUGGAUAUUUCUACUAAAUAAUCGCCCACUUGUAAGCCUCCGCCAAACUAUCAAAAUACCAUUCAUUAUUUUGACGUUUUGAAAAUUUUGACUCUUAUGGUAAUUAACUUAUUAUAUUUUGGAUUUGACUUUCCACUUCCUCAACCUAUAUAAGCACUUCAACCUUUCUUUAUCCUUACAAGCUCGAUCGAUCUCUUGAGCGUUUUUUUAAGGAAGUUUGAACUCGCAAAACCGCAGGUGUAGCCCGUCAAAAGAAGAAAAAGGAAAGAGAAAUUACUUUCUUCCACAAGAAUGAGCGGUAGCAGCAGAACAGAUCAAGAAAGUGGAGCAAGUGCAGCUCGGAAGAAAUUCAAGGGAGUGAGGAGGCGGAAAUGGGGCAAGUGGGUGUCUGAAAUAAGGGUUCCUGGCAAGAAAGAUCGACUUUGGUUAGGUUCUUAUUCUACACCCGAGGCAGCUGCGGUGGCUCAUGACAUAGCCUCUUAUUGUUUACGCGGACCUUCUUCGAUAGAGAGUCUCAAUUUCCCUCUAAUGUUGCCUGCAAGUGUAAGGGAAGACAUGUCACCUAAGUCCAUACAGAAAGCUGCUUCAGAUGCUGGCAUGGCAAUUGAUGCUCAAAUGAUACUGAACAGGGUACCAGAAAAUGAGGUCAAGUUCUGGACUGCAAGUGGUGCGGUUAAUCAUGGGCUAGAGACAGAGUUAUGCGAACCUGCAGGUGGCGAUCAUGGUGGUAAUUGGCAUGGAAACAAUACUGGAAUGAGAGAAGGGGACAUCUCCAUUGAAGAUUAUCUCUAGGGGUUUGGGUUUUGAGAUCAUGUUUUACAUUUAAUCUUCUAAAUAUGUAUAUAUUUAAAUAUAUCCAUCGAUAACAUU